AAAGCUUGCCAGCCUCUCACCGAAAGUCACCUAGCCAAUCCCCAUAAAACAAUGCCACAUGCCCCUUCCAGAAUAUAUAUAUAUAUAUAUUGUAUAGGACAUGACCUAUGCUACACAUCUCAUCAACAAUUCUCUCAUCUCCAGUCUCCCUUUCUGUGUAGAAAAUGAUGUUUAAGCACUCUUCUUUCACUCUUUUCUCCUUAGUUUUCAUCAGUAUCCCCUGCUUGAUCUCAGCACAAGCCUGCCAGAAUUCCUGCGGCAAAAUGCCCAUCAGGUAUCCAUUUGGGACUGGCCUUGGAUGUGGCGAUCCACGAUUCCAAAAACAUGUAACUUGCAAUCAAGACAAGCUCACCUUCACAACCCAUACUGGCUGUUAUCCUGUCAAUAACAUAGACUACACCAAUCAAGUUAUAUACAUCUCUGAUCCUUCUAUGUCAACCUGUGCUUGCACUCAACCAAGCAAAGGCUUUGGCUUGGACUGGGACGCCCCUUUCUCUUUUCAUGAUGAUACUGUCUUUACUUUGCUCGACUGCUCCACCACUUCAUCUCCCAUUUAUAAAACUAACAGCAAUAGUUAUAAUAAUGGCACUGUAGUCCCUCAGUGUGAUAGAACUGGCGCACCAAUUUGCAGUUUCUUGUACUCCUGCCAAGCCAUCAGCAUGCUCAAUCUCCCAAUCUCUACUUGCUGUGUUUACACUCCGGUUGAUCUCGGACCAUCAUUUGAAAUGGAUUUACAGAAGCUGCAAUGCAGUUCUUAUUCUGGGUUUUAUAGCUUUGAUGGACAGGAGGCUAAUCCUGAAAAUUGGAAGUAUGGAAUUGCACUGAAGUACAAGUUUAAUGUGUAUAAUGACUAUCCUGGUUCAUGUGCUGAUUGCGAGAGGAGCAAUGGUGUUUGUGGGUAUGGUGGAGCUUACAAUACUUUUAUCUGUAACUGUCCUAAUGGUCUCAACACUACAUCAGACUGUUUCUUUGGAUCAUCAUAUAAUCAUGGUUCAAGCCUUCUCCAAUGGCAGACAGGCAACUGGGUGAUCUAUUCCUCGGCUUUAUUUCUGGUUUGGGCCUUGCUGUGCAGUGUGUGAUGAAGAUCAUCAGGUGGACGAAAGUUUGCAUAAAUUGUAUUAACGUCUUCAAAUGUAAGAAAUGUCAGAGUUUUCACUUUUCUUUUUCAAAUGCCAGCCUCUGUUUUGUUAAGGAAUUCAUAAGCAUUGGGAUAUCUUUAUUUUAUGACUCGUUUC